CCUCAGGACAGCGCGACAGGGGCCCGAUGUGUUGUCUGCUGGGGUGGGCAAAGUGUUGCCACUACAAUAUUCCUCUGAACUCACUUUAUUGGCCGUCGGGAAACAUCCACCUUCAUCACACAGUCUUUAAGUACUUUCCCUGUAGAAGAACUAGCAGCGAAGAGACCUCUGCUCUUAACUUUUGGAAAAAGCAGGAAAAUGGCAUCAGAAGACAUCACUAAGCUUGCGGAGUCACUUGCCAAAACCAAAGUGGGUGGUGGACAGUUGAGCUUCAAAGGCCAGAGCCUUAAACUGAACACAGCUGAAGAUGCUGAAGAAGUGAUCAAGCAAAUUGAGGAAUUUGAUGGCCUGGAAGCCUUGCGCCUGGAAGGCAACACAGUGGGUGUGGAGGCAGCAAAGGUCAUUGCCAAAGCGUUGGAGAAGAAAUGUGAGCUCAAGAGGUGUCAUUGGAGUGACAUGUUUACAGGAAGGCUAAGGUCUGAGAUCCCCCCUGCUUUGAUCUCUUUGGGGGAUGCACUCAUCACUGCUGGAGCCCAGCUGGUGGAACUGGACCUCAGUGACAAUGCCUUUGGGCCAGACGGUGUGCGUGGCUUUGAGGCUCUGCUGAAGAGCCCUGCAUGCUACACUCUACAGGAACUCAAGCUCAAUAACUGUGGCAUGGGCAUUGGUGGUGGCAAGGUACUGGUGGAACUGGACCUCAGUGACAAUGCCUUUGGGCCAGACGGUGUGCGUGGCUUUGAGGCUCUGCUGAAGAGCCCUGCAUGCUACACUCUACAGGAACUCAAGCUCAAUAACUGUGGCAUGGGCAUUGGUGGUGGCAAGAUCAUUGGGACUCUAGAAGAGGUCCAUAUGCCUCAGAAUGGAAUUAACCAUCCUGGCAUAACAGCACUGGCCCAGGCCUUUGCUAUCAACCCGCUGCUUAAGGUUAUAAACUUGAAUGACAACACCUUCACAGAGAAAGGAGCUGUGGCCAUGGCAGAGACUCUGAAGGCGCUUCGGCAGAUUGAAGUGAUCAACUUUGGAGACUGCCUGGUGCGUUCAAAGGGUGCUGUUGCUAUUGCUGAUGCUGUUAAAGAAGGACUUCAUAAAUUAAAGGAACUGAAUUUGUCUUUCUGUGAAAUCAAACGAGAUGCUGCUCUGACUGUUGCUGAAGCUAUUGAAGAUAAGGCAGAGUUGGAGAAGUUGGAUCUCAAUGGUAACUGUCUGGGAGAAGAGGUAUGUGAGCAACUCCACGAGAUCCUUGAAGGCUUCAAUAUGGCAGCUGUGCUGGGAUCUUUGAGUGAUGAUGAAGGGGAGGAGGAUGAUGAUGAAGAGGAUGAGGAUGAAGAUGAAGAAGAGGAAGAGGAGGAGGAGGAACAGCAACAGCUGAAGGAGAGAGGAGAGGAAGAACAGGAGUCACUGACACCUAAGAAGAUUAUUGAUUCACAGGCUUCAACUCCAGUGCCAUCUCCUCCUGUGGAUGUUGCCACAUUCCUUGCUUUCCCAUCACCAGAGAAGCUGCUGCGACUAGGACCAAAGUGCUCUGUGCUGAUAGCUCAGCAGACAGAUACAUCUGAUGUAGAGAAAGUAGUUGCAACUCUCCUAAGGAUAUCAUCAGUCUUCAAAGAUGAAGCCCCAGUGAAAACAGCAGUGCAUGAAACAACAGAUGCCUUGAUGAAAAAAGCCUUCAGUUCUGCCACAUUUAAUUCAGAUGCAUUCAUCACAAACCUUUUGAUCCACAUGGGACUACUUAAGAGUGAAGAGAAAAUCAAAGCUGUUCCGAGCCUUUAUGGUAUUCUUAUGACCUUGAACCAUAUGGUCCAACAGGAUUAUUUCCCUAAAUCCCUGGCCCCAGUUCUCUCUGCUUUUGUCACAAAACCACACCGUGCUCUUGACUCCUGCUCAUUUGCUCGCCACAUGCUCUUGCAAACUCUCCACCAGCUGUAAGAGACGAGAUGUGCCCUUCUCUCCUCAUAGGACUGUUGUCAGCAGAGAACUUGGAGCCACGUGGUGGCAGAGGAUCCCAGAGCCCAUACAGACAUGCUGUCCUUUUUUUCUUCUUUCCCUGUAGGAAGUCUGUCCUUCCUCUUCUUUCAUAAACUUGGAAAAAUCCUGCUGAAUUGUCUUCCUACACCUCUAGAGUGACUCCCUGGUCUGUAGGGCAGGUGCUUAUGCUAAAAUAAGUCCGUGCUCCUGUGAGCUCAGCAUGAAUUGAAGAGUUCUCCAUUUUGGUUGCAUUAGCAAGGGUGUGCCAAGACUAACACGGGGCCCGGAAGUGCUCCCCUCCCGAUCAACCCAAUUGUGCAUUUUAUUUUAUUUCACUGGACUUUGACUCCUGCCUGAUAGCAUUCAGCACUGUGCCAGAGGGAGGCUGUGCUGCUGCUGCUGCCACUGUCCCUGCUUCCCUAGGCCAGGGGAAUGCUGCUCAUGGGUCAGAGGGUGAGGUGUGCUCCCCUUUGGUUCUUCUUUCAAGUCCAUUUGUCAAAGGCAGUGUGUGGUUGAUUUGUAUUUUAACAUACCCCUUCCCCUUCUGCUGUGGCUUGGAAUAUUUGUGUAGUGUGGCUGACACUGGUGGCCAUUGCUUAGGGGAGCAAACAUAUUUUAUUGUAAAUUUUUUUGAAGUUGCCUGUGUCGUUCCCUCUUCCUGCCCUUUCUCUUCUCUCCCUAAUUAAAAUAGGCUUGGUUUGGAAAUUAAUACAAUCCAUGAAAUCCCUGUGGAA